GUGUGAAGGUCCCGAAAGCCGCGAGGUGGCAAAGCUAUGGGCAUGUAACUAACAGCACAGCAGCCAGCAUCAAAAGAAUUCCAUAAAAUUGAAGGAAAAACAAUUGAAAUGGAUAACGAGAAGAUGAAGAAGAACAAGGGAGUGGCAGUGGCGCCAUCAAGCCCUAACAGGAGUAACAGUGCAAGUGGCGAAGACAGCGAGGAUAAAGACAAAGUCUUCUCCUUGUCUAACAUCAAGUUCAAUUAUCGAAACGCUUUCUCGAAAUACGAUUUUGUUAAGGUGAAGGUGUGGCUUGGUGAUAAUGCUGAUCACUACUAUGUCUUCUCCAGAUUCCUGCUCAGCAGAAUGUUAACUGUCACUAAGAUACCAAAUCAUGUGGCUAUUAAAAUUGCUCUUGAACUGAAGAAGCUACUUGUAGACAACAGCCUUCUUGAUGUCUCUCAAUCUGAUUUGGAAGCUAAUCUAUUUAAGCUUAUGGAACGCAGAUGUUAUGGAGAAGACUAUAUAAAUCGUUACAAGAUGAUGACUAGAUUUCACCAUCAAAGAGUGCCAUUGGUAAUUCUUGUUUGUGGAACUGCCUGUGUUGGAAAGUCUACUAUAGCAACCCAACUGGCACAAAGGCUAAAUUUGCCAAAUGUCUUACAGACGGAUAUGGUAUAUGAAUUGCUACGCACAGCAACAGAUGCUCCAUUGACAUCGGCUCCUGUAUGGGCCCGAAAUUUCAGCUCCUCUGAGGAGUUAAUAACUGAAUUUUGUAGAGAAUGCAGAAUUGUUCGCAAAGGUUUGGCUGGUGAUUUGAAGAAAGCAAUGAAAGAUGGAAAGCCAAUUAUAAUUGAGGGUAUACAUUUGGAUCCCAGCAUUUAUUUAAUGGAGGAAGAGAACAAAGCACCAGUUACCUCAACAGAAAAGGAAAACUCUGUAUCUGUGGCAGCUGAUGAUAAUCCAGUGAAACAAGUUGAAAAUAGUUCUGCAAGUGUUUGUGGAAGUAGCAAUACCACUCUAGCGGAUGUGAGCUCAGGAGAAAAGGUAUCUACUGAACAGGUGAACAAGAUCGCAGAUUCUCUAGAAUCUGUUGCCCUGGCUGGAAGUGCUUCUGAUCCUCCCAAAAAAGAAGGAAGUGUUUGUGAGAAUAGAGGUGAAACAAUAAAAGAUCCUGAGGUGGAUAGAAAAACAUCUGUUAAGAAAGAAAAAUCCGGUGCUGAUCCAAUAAUUGUGCCUAUAGUUCUGAAGAUGGCUGAUUUUGAUCAUAAGGCUUUGCUAGAGGAGUGGAUCUCGACUCGUACAUUUAAUGAUAAGUCUUUGGUUCAGGAUAAACAUGGGCUAAUAAGAAAUUUAGCAACCAUUCAGGAUUAUCUCUGCUCCUUCAAGUCACAGGGUCUGACAGUAGUCAAUAUAUCAGCAACAACAUUUCCACAAACCUUGGAUUGGCUGCAUGGAUAUCUUCUUCAGUGUAUAGAGCAAGGCAUUUCAUCAGUGUCCAAUGCAAACGGUAAACAGCCGGCAGAAAAUUAGAAACAUGCAGAUCUUAGCUUGAGCUGUGACAGGCCUUGAAGGAGGAAUGAACUUGUAUGUGUGGUAAAGCAGCUGAAUUUCAAAGGAUUCGAGUGUCAGAAAGCAAACGGAAAACAAGUUCUUGAAGGACCUUGCUGCAGCCACGUACAUAAGGCUUCAUGCAGUUCUAUCUGAACACAAAUCAAUUCCAAGCUUCUUGCAAGGAGAACUUUCUUUCAGUUCCCUAUAAUUCAUCUGCCCCAACCAAAUUGUGGACUUUGGAGGAAGAAGGUGACCCUUAAAAAUGAGUUGAUAAAUUAUUUUUCUCUUUAUGACACUUUAAUCUCCUAAUGAAUCCACAGAUAAUGAACACAGAGAGAUAAUAUAUGAUGAGCAGAUACACUUCAUUUAUUCUUCUUAUUUAUAUGUAGAGCAUGUGGCAUGUGAUUGCCAUGUGUAAACAAGAUUUAUACAGCAAUGAAUAAUCACAAUUACAAUAU